AUCGAAAAAUCACUCAAUUCUCUGGCUUUCGCCAUACAUGCAACUCACGGGCGCUCAUGAACUAAUCCUUUCUCGCUUUUGCUUUUAUAUCGUUCCCUUUUACGCGCGUGUAGCUCGCUGCCAAUCGUGAUUUGAGUGGAGUGUACUCUCUCGGUUAGGGCCGGUACCGAACACACUUGUGUGUAUAUUCGGUCCUAUAAGAGCGCCUAUCAAACUGUGUUCCCUUUAAUGUCGUGUUGUCCUUUUCUAUCAUGUGGAUGUUGUCUGAUUCGAUCGCGUUUGGCGCCUAGAAAUUGUAAUCGAAGCUUCUAACGCGAUUUGAUCAUCAUAGAGUGCACAAUCCGUUCUUACUGAUCCCGUGAAAUUUUCAAUCAAUUUGUGCGAAAAUUAAGCAAGUGCUGUGAUAAUGGCAACACGUCGUGAUAAGCGAAGUGGUAUGGUGUACCAUGCACGUGAUCGUUUGCUGAAGCGGCGCUUGCAGGAAUGAGAAGAGGAAUGUGCACGUGCUAGCCUUCCGCAAUCCACAACAAUGGGUAAGUGUAAUGCAAAAAGAGCAAAAAAAAGGAUUGAUCGAAAGUGUUCCAAGUCGUGCCAAGUGUUGUUAAUGAAUUUCUUUUGGCUAUUUUAGAUAGUCACGUGUCUGUUGAUGCUUUGCCAUUGGUAAGCGACGAAGGCUUCGAACAUAUGGAAGUGUCCGAAAAUCUCCUAUCAUCGAUGAGCGAUAGUGAGGAGGAAGGUGCGAUGGGCUACAGCAGCGGUGCUGGUACCGAUACGGACGGUGGUUUGCCGCACGAGGUGCCGCUACAAGAUCGUCCGUUCGGCGAAGCGUCGUUUGAGGAUGGCUUGAGACUGUGGGCACUACAGACCGGCCAAACUCAUAGAGCUUUGGCCCUUUUACUUGCCCACAUUAGGCAGCACCAACCGCACUGCAAAUUGCCACGCGAUCCCCGGACGCUGAUGCACACACCGGUGUCGAAAUCGACGGAAGCGGCGGUAACGUCCAUCGGCGGAGGAAGUCUGUGGUACAGAGGUGUGGCUACAUGUUUGCAGCAAUAUUAUCGGUAAGUGUUGAAAAGUCGCUAAGUUUUCCAUUACAAUCAAUGGAUUGUUCCGUGUUCUCACUAGUGUGUAUGUUUGAUUUUAUUUUAGCAAUGUAAAACCUCCUGUCAAGGGUUUUGAGAUCGAUUUUUUUGUAGAUGGUAUGCCGCUCUACAAAAGCAGUCGGUCUCAGUUUUGGCCGAUUUUGAUGAAGGUUUUUAACGUGCCCGAUUCUCCCGUUAUGGUGGUGGCCAUAUUCUGUGGCGAAUCCAAACCACACUCCCUGGAGGAGUAUUUAAGGCGGUUUGUGGAGGAGAUGAACGAUCUUCAGACAAAUCAUUUGGCAAUUGGGCAGCAAUUAUAUUGGGUCUGUUUGCGAGCCAUCAUUGCCGAUGCACCAGCAAAAUCGUUUAUAAAAGGUAGGUUUAAGGUUAUUUGGAGAAAUUUUGUAUGGCAACUCUUGUGAGUUUUAUUUUUGUUAUUCAUUUUAUAGGUGUGAAAGGCCAUACUUCAUACAGCGCUUGUCACAAAUGCACGGUGGAAGGGCAAAUGUGUGGGCACCGGAUGUAUUUCCCAUACAGUACAGAUACCCAAGAAAGGACUGACGAAUUGUUCUGUGCUGGAAAGUACCCGGACCAUAUCAUCCGCCCUACUCCACUAUCCGACAUGAUAAACUGUCAUAUGAUUAUGGAUUUUGUGUUGGAUUGCAUGCACCUGAUUGAUAAAGGAGUGCUGGCAAGAAAAAUGGACAUAUGGAUUAACGGCCAUCCAGAGGUGAAGUUUAAGCUGUCCCGACAGCAACAGCGUGAAAUGUCGGCACAUCUUCAUCGUCUAAGCCUGCCUUCAGACUUCCAACGAAGGUUGCGAAACUUGCAUUAUGUAAAGCUGUGGAAGGCAUCCGAAUACAGGAUGUUUUUGCAUUAUGCAGGUUUCGUAGUACUGAAGGACAGACUUUGCGAUGCAGCGUACCAGCAUUCCUCCCGCUCCAGCUGCAGCGAGGCAAAAACUCCUUGGCGAAAA